AGUCUCCUAGCAACUGAAAACAACCCGAAGCUCAAUCCUGGAGGAGUGAGGGAGGGAGUGGGAGGGAGCUUGAUUGUGGGGCGGUUGAUCACGGUUCGCAAAACAGAAUGGGUAAAAAAAUAAAAAAGGAAGUAGAACCUCCUCCUAAGGAUGUGUUUGAUCCAUUGACAAUUGAAAGUAAAAAGGCAGCAACAGUGGUGUUAAUGCUUAAUUCUACAGAAGAAGAAAUUUUGGCUAAAGCAUGUGAAGCCAUUUAUAAAUUUGCCUUAAAAGGUGAGGAAAAUAAAACAACUCUUCUUGAACUUGGAGCUGUGGAACCUUUAACAAAAUUGCUUACACAUGAAGACAAAAUUGUCAGAAGAAACGCCACCAUGGUAUUUGGAAUCCUGGCAUCUAAUAAUGAUGUUAAAAAGUCGUUGAGGGAAUUAGAUAUCCUGAAUGCAAUUAUUGCUCAGCUGGCACCAGAAGAAGAAGUAGUGAUCCAUGAAUUUGCCAGCCUUUGCCUCGCAAAUAUGUCUGUGGAAUAUACCAGUAAAGUGCAAAUAUUUGAGUAUGGUGGCCUGGAACCACUCAUCAGACUACUUGGGAGCCCAGACCCUGAUGUUAAGAAGAACUCUAUUGAAUGUAUUUACAACCUGGUACAGGACUUUCAUUGUCGAAUGGCAAUUCAGGAUCUAAGUGCAAUCCCUCCUAUAUUAGAUCUCUUAAAAUCUGAAUAUCCAAUUAUUCAACUUCUGGCUCUCAAGACCUUAGGCACUAUUACCAAUGAUAGAGAAAGCAGAGUAAUGCUGAGAGAUAGCCAAGGACUGGAACAACUUCUUAAAAUUCUUGAAACCAAGGAAUUUAAUGAUCUCCACAUAGAAGCUCUUGCUGUGCUAGCCAAUUGUCUUGAGGAUGUGGAUACCAUGCAACAACUUCAGCAGGCAGGAGGUCUUAAGAAACUUCUGGCAUUUGCAGAAAAUACCACAUUUCCUGAUAUCCAGAAGAAUGCCACUAAAGCAAUUGCUAGAGCAGCUUAUGAUUCUGAAACUAGAAAAAUUCUGCAUGAACAAGGGGUGGAGAAAUGUCUCAUUAACCUUUUGGGAGCUGAAAAUGAUGGAACAAAAGUUGCAGCUGCCGAGGUGAUUUCAGCAAUGUCAGAGAAUUUGGCCAGCAAAGAGUUUUUCAAUACUCAAGGUAUCCCACAGAUAGUCCAGUUGCUGAAGAGUGAAAAUGAUGAUAUAAAAGAAGGAGCCACUCUUGCACUGGCUAAUCUGACAACAGCAAAUCAAACCAAUGCAAUUGCUGUUGCUGAAGCUGGUGCUAUUGAAUCCUUGAUAAAUAUCUUAAGCUGUAACAGAGACAAUGCCAUUGCCAAUGCUGCCACGGUGCUGACCAACAUGGCUACCCAGGAAUCCCUGCGCUUGGCAAUCCAGAGCUUCGACAUUAUGCGGGCUCUCAUCCAACCUCUGAAUUCUUCCAACACCCUUGUCCAGAGUAAAGCAGCUCUCACUGUGGCUGCCAUUGCAUGUGAUGCUGAAGCAAGAAUUGAGUUAAGACAUGCAGGUGGACUUGAACCACUUGUGGAAUUGCUACACUCAAAUAAUGAUGAAGUCAGAAGACAUGCUAGUUGGGCUGUGAUGGUUUGUGCAAGUGAUGAGGCAACAUCUAUUGAAUUAUGCAAAAUAGGGGUUUUGGACGUCCUUGAAGAAAUUAAUCAAUCGAUGAGGCGAAAAAAUAAUUUCAGUGAGGCAGCUUAUAAUAGAUUGCUUAAUAACAAUCUUUCCCUGAAGUAUUGUCAGACUGGUUAUUUAUCAUCUAGUAAUAUGAUUCCUGAUGGAUUCUAUGAUGCUGGUCGGAUAAACCCCGGCAAAAAACUUCUGAGUCUGAAAGAAUUGGCCUUACAAGAACCAAAUGAUCGGCGUGCAAUAAUCUUAAUUAAUAGUAAACCUUAUUCUGCUUAUCCAACUUAUACUACAGAAGAGAAGUUCUCAGACUCUGUUUCUGGACGAUCUUCUUCUUUACAAAGAAGGGGGAGAACCAGUGCUGGGAUAGGAUCUCCUACAGAUGAAAAAGCAGAUGUUCCUGGUUUAGCUACUGCCACUGGUAGCAAAACUUUCCUUAAAGAGAGAGCAUCAAGAGACCAUCAGGAGCAAAGGCUCACAAGUAGGAGAACACAGAGCAUAUUCAGAAAGGGAAAAGGAAAGAAAGAAGAAGAAAAAAACAAGGAGGAAGAGGAAGUGGCAGCUUUAGCCAAAAUUGUAGAAUCCAGCACUGACAAAGAAUGGUGUCCUCCUAGUGACAAUGAGUUUUGCAAUUAUAUUACUGAGAUAUCCAGAACAAUUCUGCCUAUAACUGAUCUCAAGACACAGAUUGAGACACUUGCAAAGUUUGUGGCCGAAAAAAUGGGUGGUCCAAUUUCAAAAAAGUUGCUGCAUGAAUUCAAGUGGGAACUUCACAUAAGCGAAGUAAAAUUUCAACUAAGAUCCAAUAUUGUACCUAUAGGAUAUAUCAAGAAAGGAACCUUCUACCAUCGAGCUCUGCUUUUCAAGGCUUUAGCUGACAAAAUUGGGAUCGGUGCCACUUUAGUCCGAGGAGAAUACAACAGAGCUUGGAACGAAGUUAAAUUAGUUGAAGAAUCAUAUAAAGGCGUGACUGGAUUGCUACCUCGUCCUGAAGAAUUUAUUAUUGAUCUAAUGUUUGAGCCUGGUGCUCUGUUGAAGACAAGAAGUCAAGAGGCGGAGUUCUACAAAUUUCUUUAAUCCAAAUUGUCAUAAUGUUUGACACAUAUUCCCUGUGAAACAUAUAGUUUUCCUUUGUUUCAUUAAAGCAACAGAAUUUUUCUCUAGUCUCAGAAUGUUAAGGAACCUAAUUCAACUUUUAUUUUGCACUUCUGAUUAUAGACCAUUAGUUACAAGUUCAUAAACUUUGUGUUGUUUUAUGUUUUUUUCUCCUCUAAAUUACAUAUUUUGUUAUCACUUAAGCUAGUUCUCUGGUUUAUUCCCCCUCCCCCAGAAAAGUAUCUGUCAUUCUGUAUUCAAGUCCAAAUGAUCUCAGCCAUUGUAUCAAGUGUGAUAAUAAUGCCUCAUUAAGCAUCCUUAAUAUUGUUACUAUUUUAUACCCAGAAUGCCUCACAAACACUUUGGAUUAAAUCAGUCUAGUUGUUUUUUAAUAGUCUUUGGCUCACUACCAUUGAGAAUUUCACUAUAGUUUUAUCUUGUAGGUAUAUUUUGUGAUGUUUCCUUUUCAAGAAAAAAAAAUCAUUUUGAGAGGCUACCUACUAUGACCAUGGUUGAAAGUUAUUCAAGGUACUACAACUGUUGUUUGUUUCUAGAAAAUAAGUUUUUGUUGUUUUAACUGUAUUAGCUUAGAAAUAAAAUUUUCUUUGAUCACAAAA